AUCUGCACAUGUGCGGCUCUCAUGUUUACGGAUGUGAGGAGAAGCAAAGUAGUGAACAGUGAAUACAGAACAUUUCAUCAGAAAUGAUCAAACACGUUUUCCUAACCGGACCUCCGGGUGUGGGUAAGACCACCCUGGUCCAGAAGGCCUGUGACGUAAUAGUGUCUUCGGGUGUGUCUGUGGAGGGCUUCUACACCCAGGAGGUCAGGGAGGGGAGGCGCAGGGUCGGUUUCGACGUUGUUACUGUGGCCGGACAGAGAGGAAACUUGUCCAGAGUCAGAGAGAAGUCUGUUGCUUCACAUGGAGGGAGGGAGUACACUGUAGGACAGUAUGUAGUGGAUGUACCUUCGUUUGAGAACCUGGCUCUACCUCUCUUCAGAAACCUUGACUCUUCAUGCAGUAGCAACCAUCAGGUGUUUAUCAUUGAUGAGGUUGGUAAAAUGGAGCUGUUCAGCCAGGCGUUCAUCAGGUCAGUCAGACAGACCCUGGACUCUCCAGUCUUCUCUGUCCUGGGGACUAUACCCCUCCCUUCAGGAAAACCACUGGGUUUCGUGGAGGAGAUACGGACCAGGACUGACGUCACUGUCUUCACUGUCUCCAAGGAGAACAGAGAUGUUAUAUUACCAGAGGUUGUGUCAGCUCUAAAGGACUGCCUCAAACAAAGUGCUAAGUAGGUGGAAGUUAUCCAAGGUCAGUGGAACAUCAUGGAGGGCAUUCAGAAACACAGCAGCACUCUGAACUAGACCCUGAUGAACAAGACCGACCCUGAUGAACAAGACCGACCCUGAUGAACAAGACCGACCCUGAUGAACAAGACCGACCCUGAUGAACGAGACCGACCCUGAUGAACGAGACCGACCCUGAUGAACGAGACCGACCCUGAUGAACGAGACCGACCCUGAUGAACGAGACCGACCCUGAUGAACGAGACCGACCCUGCUGAACGAGACCGACUCUGAAGAACGAGACCGACACUGAUGAACGAGACCGACCCUGAAGAACUAGACCGACCCUGAAGAACGAGACCGACCCUGAAGAACGAGACCCACCCUGAUGAACAAGACCGACCCUGAUUGGUGGAUGUUGGCCAGCACUCUGAACCAGACCGACCCUGAUUGGUGGAUGUUGGCCAGCACUCUGAACCAGACCGACCCUGAUUCGUGGAUGUUGGCCAGGACUCUGAACUAGACCGUCCCUGAUUGGUGGAUGUUGGCCAGCACUCUGAACCAGACCGACCCUGAUUGGUGGAUGUUGGCCAGGACUCUGACCUUGACCGUCCCUGAUUGGUGGAUGUUGGCCAGGACUCUGACCUUGACUGUCCCUGAUUGGUGGAUGUUGGCCUGCACUCUGUACUAGACUGACCCUGAUGAACUAGACUGACCCUGAUGGAUGGAUGUUGGCCAAUACUCUGUAAUAGACCAUGGCCACCUAUCCAUCCCCAGCUUACAAUUGGCUCAUUCAUCCCCCCCUCCUCUCCCCUGUAACUAUUCCCCAGGUCAUUGCUGUAAAUGAGAAUGUUUUCUCGGUCAACUUACCUGGUAAAAUAACAAAAAAAUCAAUAAAAAUGUAAUAAAACAA